AACGUGAGCUUAAGAUGACUGGUGCCCCGCCAGUCUGCGGCCGGAAUGUAUGCAAUCUCAUGUCAUCGCAAUCCAGAAUUUAAAGCCGCGGCUCAUCUCCACCCCGCAAAGAGCAUCAACUUACGCACCACAGAUCGGUGACCCCCUGACGAGCUAGCUCCGAGUCCGUCGGGAAGUCGGGGCGAAACACAGCUUCCACGCGUUUAUAUCCUUACGUCUGAUCCUACUUCACCUGUGUGGCUUCGCACCAGCUGUUGAACAGUAACAACCUUCUAAAUCAUCAUGCUUUCGAAUGUCUCGUCAGAUCCAAGCGUGGUUGCCGGUGCCUUCGCCGGUGCCGUCGCCCUUGCCAUAGCUUACAACCAGAUCUCUCUGUACCUAGCGAGGCGCAAAUUUCAACAAGAAAAUGGAUGCCAACCGCUUUUGCACCACUUCCCGAUAAAAGAUCCCAUUUUUGGCAUCGAUAACAUAAUCGAAAGCGUGCGCGCCAAGAAUGAGCAUAGACUUCUGGAUCGUAUCCUGAAUAACUUCGAGAAGUACGGUAACACGUUUGGAUCGAAGAUGGCCCAGCGAAAGAUUAUCGUCACAAGGGAGCCGGAGAACGUGAAGACCAUUCUGUCGCUGAAGUUCAAAGACUACAGCCUUGGAAACCGAAUAGACGCGCUUGGACCUUUGCUUGGAAAGGGUAUUUUCACCAUGGACGGCGACUUCUGGGCUCAUUCAAGAGCAAUGAUCCGACCAAACUUCACUCGAGACCAGGUUGCAGACCUCGAAGCGUUCGAGCGCCACAUCCAAAAGCUCUGGAAGAAGAUCCCGAGGGACGGAAGCACCGUAGACCUGCAAGAUCUUUUCUUCCGUUUCACUAUCGACAGCGCUACCGAGUUCCUAUUUGGCGUUUCCACAAAUACGCUCAAGGAAGGCGCAGAUGAUGCUAGUGGCGCAGAGUUCGCCAAGGCGUUCACAAUCGCCCAAGAUGCGUGUGCGUCUCGAAAUCGGCGAGGAAUCCUCAAUUUGUUCGUCAGUGACAAGGAGGCCGACGAGGCGACGAAAUUCUGCCACAAGUUUGUUGGCCAGUUUGUCGAAGAGGCGAUCCGAUAUCGUCAGAAAGUGGACGUCGAGAAGAGCGGCGAGGAGAAGUACGUGUUCCUGCACACGCUAGCACAAGACACGCAAGACAAGACCAGGCUCCAGGACGAAAUCUUGAACGUGCUGCUCGCCGGCCGCGACACGACCGCUUCGUUGCUUGCCAAUAUGUGGUUUAUGCUUGCGAAGAAUCCAGCCAUCUACGAGAAGCUACGCCGUGAAGUCGAGGAGACCUUUCCGGACGGCGAGCUUCCCACCUACGAAAAGCUGCGAAACAUGAAGUAUCUCAAGUACUGUAUGAACGAAUCUCUCCGAAUCCACCCUGUCGUGCCGGUGAACUCACGCCUUGCCGUCCGUGACACCGUGCUCCCCCGAGGUGGUGGAAUCGACGGCAGGUCACCUGUCUUUGUUCCAAAAGGUCAUGUUGUCACAUAUUCAACAUACGCCAUGCAUCGCGACACUCGAUUCUUCGGCAAGGACGCACAUGAGUUCCGUCCCGAGCGAUGGGAGACUUUGCGACCGGGCUGGGAGUAUCUCCCUUUCAACGGUGGCCCUCGUAUCUGCCUCGGCCAGCAGUACGCACUGACAGAAGCUGGAUAUGUAACAUGCCGCUUGUGCCAGGAGUUCAAGAACGUCGAGAGCAGAGACCCGGGCCCUUGGAAAGAGGGUCUGACCUUGACAUUGUGUUCGGCUAACGGCACAAAGGUUUCGCUUACUCCGGCUUAGGAAAUCUUAUGGGGAUAAAUAAAGAAAGGCGAAUGGCGUUUUUACUGUGGUGCGAAAGAUCACCACUCAAGUUGCAUCAGCGUGAUCGUUUCGUGCAUGUUGCAAAUAUCUGCUGUACAGCAAUCGUUUAGUUCAUGUGUAAGAAAUUUACAUCAUACCUCCA